AUGUCUGAACCCUCCAGCCAUCCCAUUACGCCUCUUCGACGCCUCGCUUCCAUCAUAGUCUCCUCAAUCGAAUCUCUCGAACAUCGUUUUGCUGUCGAAUCGAUCGAAUUUCCAUCUCUGGACGAGCCGUUUGAUCCCUCGUCAAAAGCGGAGGAAGUUUUACUGGAGCCCGAUAUGACGAUGAACGUGUCUGUCAUCGUAGCGGCGGCAGCGCAGUUAAUGGCGACCGUAAGGAGGCCAACUCAGACUGUCAUUGACCAUGGAUUAUCAUUCAACGACGCCACUUGUCUUAGGGUCGCAAUAGAGAGUAAUCUACCUGAGAUUGUGCGCGAAGCAGGUCCUAAGGGCAUUCAUGCCAAUGAAGUGGCGGUAAAGAGCAAGACUGAUCCGCUCAAAGUCGUCCGCAUCCUUCGUUUCCUCGCCAACAACCACAUCUUUCGAGAGCUUUCUCCUGAUGUAUUCGUGUCCAAUCGUCUGUCGUCGGUCCUUGAUUCGGGCAGGUCUUUCGAAGUUAUCAGCAACAAGCCCGAGGAGAAGUACAUCGGUAUGAAUGGCGUCGCUGCUGCGAUCACUGUGUCAGUCGAUGAAAGCAUGAAAGGAUGCACCGUCCUUCCCGAUAUGUUCAUAGACCCUGUAACGACAUACUCCUUCGCACCCGAGGAUAGUCCUUUCAGCGUAGCGCAUAACACAACCCUGCCACUUUUCCAGUGGUACGAGCUUCCGGAAAAUAAUUGGCGCUCUAGCAGGUUUGCCAUUGCCAUGACGGGGACGGUUGAGAUGGAAUCCCCCAGUUCGAUUUUGAAAGGAUUCCGAUGGCAGGAUCUACCGGAGGGUGCCAAGGUCGUGGAUGUCGGCGGUGGAGUGGGGUCUUCAUCAAUGUUAAUCCUGCAGGCGAACCCGCAUUUGAACGUUGUCGUCCAGGAUAGGCCGGCGACGAUCGCGGACGCAGAAUCGUAUUGGAGCGAGAGGAUGGCAGAAGCGUUGAAAAGCGGGCAGACCGCACUUCAAGUUCAUUCGUUCUUAGAACCUCAACCGAUCCACGAUGCCUCUGUCUUCAUACUCCGCCACAUCCUUCAUAACUGGGCGGACCCCUACUGCAAAACUAUCCUCAAGCAUCUUCGAGAUGCUGCGUCUCCGGAGACCAAGCUCGUCAUUGUAGACCCUCUCAUACCCUACACCUGCCAUGGAACUAGUUUUCUAGAGAAUAUUCAGGGUGCCGAACUGUCAGAGAAUAUUCCGAAGGAGUUGCUGCCUAGUCUAGGAAGGGCGAAUAAUUAUGCGUUCCAGGUUGAUUUCCAGAUGUAUGCCUACUUCAACAGCCAGGACCGGACAGUGGGACAUUUUGUUGAUCUUGCCGCCGCGACUGGGUGGAAGGUUGUGCAGGUUCAUCGCAUCCCUGGAACACCAAUAGGUCAGAUUGUUGCGGUGACUGCGUAG